AUUUGUCAUUGUGGAGUUUGCUGUGAGGUUGAUUGUUGUCCUUUUAGAAUUAAUAUUUUUGCUAUUUCCUUUUGUGAAAGUGUGUAAAUAUUAAAUUAGAUAUUGUUUUGUUAAAGUAAUUGGAGAAGGGAGACAGAAGAAAUUCAAAUGCCUUAUGGAAUAAUUGGAUUCAUCCAGUGAUCUGAAGCUCAGAGGCUGUUGUUUCUCCUUUGCUGUUGACCUCACACUGUUUUUGCUUUCAGCCAUAACCAGCAGACCACGACAUUUAGACAUCCUGUGACAGGACAUAUUUCUCCAGAAAACAUUGAAUUUAUUUUACAAGAAGAGCAGAAUUCACACAUGUCCAAGCAACAAGUAAACCAAAGACCCUCAAGCAUGGUCAGUGAAACAUCCACUGCAGUAACUACAUCCACUGUAGAUACAAAACCUGGCUCCAAGGUUUUAAAAUCUGGCAAUAAAGUUCACAGCUUUGGAAAGAGGGACCAGUCUAUCAAGAGGAACCCUAAUGUUCCUGUUGUGGUGAGAGGCUGGCUACACAAACAGGAUAGCUCUGGAAUGAGAUUAUGGAAAAGACGAUGGUUUGUGCUGUCUGAUUAUUGUUUGUUUUACUACAAAGACAGCAGAGAAGAAACUGUUUUGGGUAGCAUACCAUUGCCUAGUUAUGUAAUAUCUCCCGUUGGACCUGAAGAUCGCAUAAACCGCAAGUAUUCCUUUAAGGCUGUCCACACAGGGAUGAGGGCAUACAUUUAUAAUAAGAGUUCUGUUAUUGGCUGUCAGGGAGAGCAUUCAGGAAUGCGCACAUACUACUUCAGUGCAGAUACCCUAGAGGAUAUGAAUGACUGGAUCCGUGCCAUGAAUCAAGCUACUCUGAUGCAAACACGUUCAUCACUGAAGAGAGAAACAGAAAAAGCGGAUCAGCAAGCUGUUCCCCAAGCUAACCAUGUGGAUUCCUGCAAAGAGCGUGCAAAGGCGGUGGAUACUGCUGAUAUAAAAGAAAGUUAUCAAAAAGCAACUGAAACCUUUGGAUACGAUAGGCAUGAAGAGAUAAGAAAAGAAAGAGAAGAUGAGGAACGUUAUGUCUUCAGAAAAGAAAUUCUGGAAGCUAAGAGGGGAAAAUCUAAGCCUCCAUUAACAUCAGGAGAAGUUGAUCAGUUUCCAGAUUUAACAAGUGCAUCUCGGCCCCAGGUAGCUCAGCCUCAGCCAGUUGAGAAGAAUGGGACGUUUCCUAGUUCAUUAAACAUGAGUGUUGGCCCAGUGGAGCAGAAUGGUACCAGUUUGUAUAAAAGAGGGUUUGUUCCCAGAGCAAAUCCAGAUAAACAGAUGCAAAGGAAAAACAACAUGACUCAAGUGGAGCACUGGGUAAAAGUCCAAAAAGGAGACACAAAAAGUCUUGCUCCUGAUCAGAUUCUAACUCGUCAAGGUCCCAGUCAGUCUUCGUCUUUUCCUGAAAAUUAUCAUACCUUGCCAAAGAAUACCAGGCAGCCUUCAGGGAGCUCUCCUCCACCAAAUCGCAACUUGCCAAGUGACUACAAAUAUGCCCAGGACCGUGUUAGUCACUUGAAAAUGUCCCAUGAGGAGAGGAAAGCUAAUAAGGAUGGUACUGUAUGGCAGCUAUACGAGUGGCAACAGAGACAGCAGUUUAAACAUGGCAGUCCAACUGCUCCAGUUUAUGCAGGUUCUCCGGACUUUACUGACCGUGGUAAAGCAAAAAGUUCACUAGAUGUUCCACGAUCAAUUUCUGUUCCUCCAUCUCCUUCCGAUAUUCCUCCACCAGGACCUCCAAAAAUCUUUCCGCCAAGGAGACUGCACACUCCUGCAGAAAGGGUUACUGUUAAACCAUCUGAUGGGAGACAGAGUAUAGACAUACCUUUUGCUGGAUCUCCAAGGAGGAUACGAAAUCAUGCUGUAAAGAAUUCAGCACACGUUGAUAGACGCUCCAUGCCUACUAUGGGAUAUAUGACCCAUACUGUAAGUGCACCCAGUUUACAUGGCAAGUCGGCUGAUGACACCUACAUCCAGCUGAAGAAAGACUUGGAAUAUCUGGAUCUAAAGAAGCUGUCUCCUUUUAUGAUAACAGUGACAGGGCGUGAUAUACUAAAAGAACGAAGUACAAAACCUGUCAAGAUUGCAGAAAGUGAUAUUGAUGUCAAGCUAAGCGUUUUCUGUGAACAGGACGGGAUUCUACAGGACUUGGAAGACAAAAUAAGAUCCCUUAAGGAAAAUAAAGACCAGUUGGAAUCUGUUUUGGAGGUUUUGCAUAGACAGAUGGAACUGUACAAAGACCAACCACAGCAUGCAGAAAAAAUUUCUUCCCAGCAGAGACUUUUGCAAGAGGACCUCAUUCAUAUUCGGGCUGAAAUAUCCAAGGCAUCCACUGAAAUGGAAAAUGCUUGGAAUAAAUAUCUGAAAUUGGAAAAGGAUGUGAACCAGCUGAAGCAAGCCUUACAGGAACAGAUGAACAGAUCAUUUUUUCCUCAGGAGAAAACACAAAUGCAAAAAGAUUUAUGGAGAAUUGAAGAUGUCACAGCUGGCCUAAGUGCAAAUAAAGCAAACUACAAAGUCAUAGUAGAUUCUAUAAAAAAUCCAGAAAGAAAAACAGUGCCUUCAUUUUCUCAGCCUAUAGUGCCUUCAUUAUCAACUUCUCUCACAACUGUGGAGAGCAAACUUUCUACUCAGCGAACUCCUCCAUCCAGUCCUGUUAAGUCCUCUUUGGAGGUUAGGCUGUUUCCACAGCCUUAUACUCAGCCUAGAACACAGUCUCAAUCACAACAGCUGAAAAAAGUUGAGCAUCCUCUUCAGUCACCAGUGAAGCUAAAGUCAAAAAUUGAAAAUGAAGCACCACCCAGACCUCCUCUCCCUCAGGUCUACAAUCCUGAUGAUCACCCACCAGCUGUUCCACCUCUUCCAAGGGAAGCCAAUGUCAUCAGGCACACAUCAGUGCGAGGCCUGAAACGUCAGUCAGAUGAAAGAAAGAGAGAUCGAGAACUGGGGCAAUAUGUGAAUGGAGAUUAUAGGGGAGAACUUCGUUCAUACAUGAGUGAACCUGAAUUAGCUACAAUAGGUGGUGACCUCAGCCAAACUUCACUUGGUUUCAUAGGUUCUGACAGUGGAUACCAGACAUUACCUACCAGAGGAUUAUCUGGAUCAACUUCCAGACUGCACCAGACAUCCACCAGUUCAUCAUAUGCAACAUUUCAAAGAGAUCGCUCCAAGGAGAGACCAAAGAGUGCCUUGGAACGCUUAUACUCUGGAGACCACCAAAGAUGCAAGAUGAGUGCUGAGGAACAACUAGAAAGAAUGAAGCGACAUCAGAAGGCAUUAGUUCGUGAACGCAAGAAAACUCUUAGCCAAGGAGAAAGACAGUCUAUUUCAUCUCGGUCUUUCAUCCGGCCCGUUUCUGCAGACAUAGGCUCAUGGAAACGAGAACAAGAAUUUGAUUUGCAGUUACUUGAGAGAGCAAUACGUGGAGAAGAGAAAAAUGAAAAUGACAGGUUAAAAAUUCAGCCUGUACCAGUGACAGAGAUGGAUCUGGAACCUCAAGAUUAUAACUUAGAUAUCAGCAGAGAGUUGUCAAAACCUGAAAAGGUGGCAAUUCCAGAACGCUAUGUUGACCUGGACCCUGAAGAACCUCUCAGUUCAGAAGAAUUAGCCGCAAGACACCGUAAUACAGAAAAGAUAAAGAAUAUUCUUACCAGGUCUAGUAUGCACAACCUACAGCCUACUGUUGCUCAGGACGAACACAACUCAGUUGAUUUAGAUUCACAGCUGCAGGAGCAGGAACGCAUCAUUACCAUAUCAUAUGCUUUGGCUUCUGAAGCCUCUCAGCGGAGCAAGGAGGUAGCAGCUCACCAGUUGACCUACCCAUCUAAAGCACCCUCACCUUCUGUACCACAGCCACCUCACUCCCCCUUAAGCAAUGGAUUUCACUACACAUUUGUCUAAACACCUUAAAACCAAAGCAGUAACUGAACAUUGACAUAAGAUACAACCCAACAACCAUCUGAUGCCAGAGCGUGGAAGAAAGAAUGUCUUCAUUACACCAGCUUCUCUGAAGAUACUCAUCAGCUGAUCAUAUAAUUUUUCAAAAACAAAUUCAGAGAAUAAUAGAGGGAUUUUCUAUGAAAAACAAAUAAAUUCAAAUCAUUUUAGUUUGGCAUUGUUUUAGUUCAGACUUUUUAUAUAAAUAAAUGGCACUUUUAAGAUACUCUGUAAAAUACUGAUGUAUUUUUAGAAACAGAAUAUAUUUUAGAUGUUUUUAAUCAAGGGCUGAGUUCAUUUUUUAAAAAAAGCUGCUUACACAGACUUUACAAAAUAUUAUUGCUUCACCCUCAAGUUCAGAUACAUAUCGUAAAGCCUCUUGACAAAAUGUAAAUCAAAUAAUCUUGGAAGCACAUCAUGGCAUUUGGGUAAAGCUAACUUAAGUGAGAAGCUUACUGAGAAUUUUCUUCUUUUUUUGGCAAAAUUGAUCACUCUCAUGUGCCCUUUAAAUAAGAAAUAGCAAAGGACUCAGCUUACAUUUCUAAAUGUUAGUAACUAUCAUGUUUGCACACAAUGAACAAAAUUAUGGCACUCAGCUGCUAACUCCUGUACAUUUUUUAAUUCCAUGUAGUUAAUCUUCAAAUAUCAGUACCCAGUAUGUUAGCAUUGACAAUAGCAUUGUCCCCAUCAGUAACAAGAAGCUACAAAAAUAUUUUUUUCUUACAUUAAGAGGACUGGGAAGUAAAAGAAAUUUUAAUUCUAAUGUGUGAAGUAAGCAAUAAAAUGUUAAUAGAAUGUGUGAUUUUACUAGUAAAUAUAUAUAUAUAUAUAUAAUUGUUUUAAUUAAAAAGCAAUAUGUGAUGUACUGCAUUAUCCUGGAAACAACAGAAAUAAUGUAACGUGGCACUUGCUAAUUUUGUAUGUAAAUUUUACUGGUGCUUAAUUUUGCCAAAACUUUCAAGUCGGAUGUUUUGCUUGGGUAUAGGGUGAAGAGUUGGCCAGUUACAUAUGAAGAAAAUGAGUUUAAAUGAAUUGCUGUUGCUUCUUUACUUGAAAAAAGUAUGUGUACACUUUCAGUGUAAGGCAUGCAAAAAUCGCACAAUACUGUGUAAUUUUUAGUUGAGUCCAGUGCUAAGAGAGGAAUGAUUCAUGAAUACUUUGCAGUGUUUUGCGAGACUUUUAACUUCUGUUUCUUUGCUGCAUUCAGAUAAUGGGUUUAAAAAAACUACAUGGCUUCACAUUUGUUUAAAAUGCAUAAAAUAAAAAUUGAUAUUGUAUUUUUACGAUACUCAGAAGCUAUUCUUAAGAAAUAUAUUUAGAAAAUGCAGUCUAUUUUUAACUAACUCAAUACUGCCAGUGUCAGCUUCAUAACAUUUUGCCAAAAUAAAUUUUUUAUUUUUGCCUUUAUAAAAAAUGUUUGAAAAGAAAUUAAACGAAUAUUUUGCAAGAAAAUGUUAAUUUAAAUAAAAUGUAACAGUUUGGGGGAAAUGGUGUAUGUACAGAUUAAAAUAUUAACAUAACACUU